UCCGUGGGGGAGGGUAGCAGCCUGGGGGAGGAGCUUGAGUCCAGGCAGUGUCCGAGUACUGCCAGCCAUCGGGCCCAGGUCUCUGGGGUUGUAUUACCGCAGUGCGUACGACGCGGUACUACAGAGACCGGCCGCCUGGGUGCCUGGCAGGUGGAGCCGCCCACAGCAGCGGCCUCGGGGAAUGGAAGCGGAGAACGCGGGCAGACAGAGUCGUUUUGUUGCCAGGCUGGAGUACAGUGGUGUGAUCUCAGCUCACUGCAACCUCCACCUCCCAGGUUUAAGCAAUUCUCCUGCCUCAGCUUCCCAAGUAGCUGGGACUACAGCUAUUGUCUUCAACAAGCUCAAGCUUUUUAUACGUUUCCAUUUCAACAAAUGAUGGCUGAAGCUCCCAAUAUGGCAGUUGUGAAUGAACAGCAAAUGCCAGAAGAAGUUCCAGCUCCAGCUCCUGCUCAAGAACCAGUACAAGAUUCUUUCUCUGUCGUCCAGGCUGGAGUGCAGUGGUGCGAUCUUCGCUCACUGCAGCGGCCACCUUCUGGGUUCAAGGAUUCUCCUGCCUCAGCUUCCCAAAUUGCUGGGAUUACAGAGCCUCCAAAAGGAAGGAAAAGAAAACCCAGAACAACAGAACCAAAAAAACCAGCGGAACCCAAAAAACCUGCUGAGUCAAAAAAGUCUGGCAAGUCCACAAAGUCAAAAGAAAAACAAGAAAAAAUUACAGACACAUAUAAAGUAAAAAGAAAAGUUGAUCGUUUUAAUGGUGUUUCAGAAGCUGAACUUCUGACCAAGACACUCCCCGAUAUUUUGACCUUCAAUCUGGACAUUGUCAUUGUAAGAUCUUUGUCCUUGUUGGAUUUUAUUGGCAUAAACCCAGGACUAAUGGCUGCUUACAAAGGGCAUCAUUACCCUGGACCUGGAAACCAUUUUUGGAAGUGUUUGUUUAUGUCAGGGCUCAGUGAAGUCCAACUGAAUCAUAUGGAUGAUCACACUUUACCAGGGAAGUAUGGUAUUGGAUUUACCAACAUGGUGGAAAGGACGACGCCUGGCAGCAAAGAUCUCUCCAGUAAAGAAUUUCGUGAAGGAGGACGUAUUCUAGUACAGAAAUUACAGAAAUAUCAGCCACGAAUAGCAGUGUUUAAUGGAAAAUGUAUUUAUGAAAUUUUUAGUAAAGAAGUUUUUGGAGUAAAGGUUAAGAACUUGGAAUUUGGGCUUCAGCCCCAUAAGAUUCCAGACACAGAAACCCUCUGCUAUGUUAUGCCAUCAUCCAGUGCAAGAUGUGCUCAGUUUCCUCGAGCCCAGGACAAAGUUCAUUACUACAUAAAGCUGAAGGACUUAAGAGAUCAGUUGAAAGGCAUUGAACGAAAUAUGGACGUUCAAGAGGUCCAGUAUACUUUUGACCUACAGCUUGCCCAAGAGGAUGCAAAGAAGAUGGCUGUUAAGGAAGAAAAAUAUGAUCCGGGUUAUGAGGCAGCGUAUGGUGGUGCUUAUGUAGAAAAUCCAUGCAACACUGAACCUUGUGGCUUCUCUUCAAAUGGGCUGGUUGACAGUUUGGAGUUACAAGGAGAAUCAGCUUUCAGUGGCAUUCCUAAUGGGCAGUGGAUGACCCAGUCAUUUACAGACCAGAUUCCUUCCUUUAAUAAUCACUGUGGAACACAAGAACAGGAAGAAGAAAACCAUGCUUAAGAAUGGUGUUUCUCAGCUCUGUUUAAAUGCUGCAGUUUUAGUGCAGUUGUCAACAAGUAGAACCUCAGUUUGCUAACUGAAGUGUUUUAUUCAUAUUUUUCUCUAGUGGUGUAAUUGUAAUGUAAAACAGUUGUGUGGUAGUAUGAACUGUAUCAAUCUAAGUAGUUUGGAAGAAAAAGUAGGGUUUUUGUAUCUAGCUUUUAUAUUUGAAUUAAUCAUCAUUCCAGCUUUUUAUAUACUGUAUUUCAUUUAUGAAGAAAUUGAUUUUCUUUUGGGAGUCACUUUUGAUCUGUAAUUUUAAAAUACAAGUCUGAAUAUUUAUAGUUGAUUCUUAACUGUGCAUAAACCUAGAUAUACCAUUACCCCUUUUAUACCUAAGAAAGGCAUGCUAACAAUAAUAACACAUGUCAGGCAAAUGUGUUGAUUUUUGUAUAUGAAGUUGAGCCUCAGUGGAGUCUCAUUUGUUAGUUUUUAGUGGUAACUAAGGGUAAACUCAGGGUUCCCUGAGUUGUAUGCACACUCAGACCUCUUUGCUUUACCAGUGGUGUUUGUGAGUUGCUCAGUAGUAAAAACCAGCCCUUACCUGACAGAGCCCGGGCUUUGACCUACUCAGUCCUGUGUUAAUCCUCUGGUAGCCAGUGACUACUCUGGAGGGGUAGGUUCCAGAGAAUGCAGUAGACCUUUUGCCACUCAUCUAUGUUUUACUUGAGACACAUAAAUAUGAUAGGGAAGGAACUGAAUUUCUCCGUUAAUAUUUAUUACCAUUCUAGUUUUAUCUUCCUUGGCUUUAAGAUUGUGCCAUGGAAAGUGAUAAGAAAUGAACUUUUAGGUUCAGCAACAAGAUGCUGGAAAUAUUUGAUAAUCUCAUUUAAACUGGUGCUUCACGUACAUGAGAUGUACUUAAAUACCUAAUACAGAGUUUUUCUUGUAGGUAAAUCCAGUAAGCCAAUAAUUUUAAAAAUUCUUUAUCUGCAACAUUGCUGUUUGUUACUAUAAAUUAAAUGAACCUCAUGGAAAGGUUGAAUAUAUACCUUUGUGAUUUUCUAUUGAGUUUUCCAUGGUGCUACAGAUAAUGCAGACUACUAGGUCUGAUAGAUAUUAAAGCUGGGUGCUAAGAAAUGCCAUCUGCAUUCACUCAGUCACUCCUAAAUAUUCUGAUUUCAUACAUACCCAGGGAGCAUGCUGUUUUGUCAAUAUAAAAUAUUUAUGAGGUCUCCCCCACCCCCCAGAGGUUAUAUGAUUGCUCUUCUCUUUAUAAUAAGAGAAGCAAAUUCUUGUUGUGAAUCUUAACAUGCUUUUUAGCUGUGGCUAUGAUGGGUUUUAUUUUUCCUUAGGUCUAGGCCAAGCUGUGUAAAAGUUGUUUAUGUUAUUUAAAUGAUGUACUGUACUGCUGUUUACAUGGACGUUUUGUGCAGGUGCUUUGAAGCGCCUUGCAUCAGGAAUUAGGAGCAAUUCAAUUAUUUUUUCACGGGACUAUGUAAAGCAUGUAACUAGGUAUUACUUUGGUAUAUAACUGUUGUAGCUUUACAAUAGAUAGUUUUAUUUGAAUGGAGAAAAUACCCUUUAACUUAUGACAGAUAUCCAUUAGAAAUGGGUUUGAGAAUUUUCCAAGCGUACAAUAAUGUUUUUCCUUAACACGACAGAUGAGUAGUAAAUGUUGAUAUAUCCUGUACAUGACAGUAUGAGACUUUUUCCUUAAAUAAUACUGAAAGUUUUAAAACUCAUUUGAAAGUCUAAUGGCUUUUACAAUAAAAGAUAUUAAGAAUUGUUA